CCCAGGCCCCCGGGCCGGGCAUGGAGCGCGCGAAAGCGGCCGGAGACGCCUCGGCGCGGCUCGCGGGGAGUUUGUGAGUCGGACCAUCGUUCGUGAGUCGCUCUCGGCAGAGUUCAUCUCUCUCGGUACCGUUUCAGACUGGAGGGCGUCAGCGGGAGAGAAGAAAGCGUGUUGAAGGACCGCUCUCGGCGGCUGCUGGCCUCAGAGCGCUUUCCUGGGCCGGAGACCCCGGGGAAGGAGGACCUCACCGGCGGCCGGGCCGGCCGAGGAGGGAAGCGCGGUCCCCAAGUCGGCGGCUGACAUCGGCAGCGGCUGGAAAGCCGUCUUCCGCUUUUGGGAAAAGACAGCAGCCAACAUCCCGCAGCACCCCGCAGAGGAGAGAACACCGGGGCAGAGGGGAGGGGAGUAGAGAUUAAAGGCCAAGAGACAGGUCUCGGUUUUUGUACAUUUUGAAUAUUGACUUCAAAAAUCUACUGAAAUAGCACUUUUUUUUUCUUCACCUGAGGAAAAGUGAAGGCUGCGGGUUGCAUAGGCCACGGCAGAAAUGUGUUUCUCUGCAGAAACAUACCCAUAAAGAAUUUCCCGACACAACGCGGCGAGGGGGAGCGCGGCGCCCUGCCAGCACCUUUCAGCCCCCUUUGCCGCCCGCCUCUGUCUCCGGCCGGGCGAGCCCUGGGACCCUGUCGCGACCCCCGGGUCGUGCGCUCACGGGGCGCCCGGUGGCUCCCGUGCGCUCGGCGCGGGGAGCCCGCCAACUCCGUCCAACUUCUCCAGAGCUGUCAAGCGCCGUCAGAGUCGGUCAGAGUCUGUCUCCGGCUGAUCCGGGGCGCCGGCCUCUGCCCGUCCUCCUAGCCCUCCUUCCCGGACUCCCUCCCCCGCGCCUGCCCCGCGCCCCCGACCGCCGAGGACCUCCCUCCAUGCGGCCCUGAGCGCCGAGCUCCCAGUGCCAGGAGCUGACGCCCGCCCCGCCUCCGCCAGCCCCGGACCCCGGGGGCAGCGAGCCGAGCCCCGCGGGAUGGGGGACACCGCGCCCCCGCAGGCCCCCGCAGGGCUGGGAGGGGCCGCCGGGCCAGGGCUCCUCGGGGGGGGCCCGGUCGCCCCCAGAGUGCACAGCGCCAUCGUGGAGCGCCUGCGGGCUCGAAUCGCCGUCUGCCGCCAGCACCACCUGAGCUGCGAGGGCCGCUACGAGCGCGGCCGGGCGGAGAGCUCGGACCGGGAGAGGGAGAGCACCCUGCAGCUCCUGAGCCUGGUGCAGCACGGCCAGGGGGCGAGGAGGGUCGGCAAGCACGCCAAGGCUGCGGCCUCGGCGGCCCCCUCGGCGCCCGCCCCGCCCGCCGCGCCCCCGCCCGCCGCCUCCCAGGCGGCGGCCCCCGCCCCGCCGGACUAUCCCCGCCGCCGGGAGCACCUGCUGGGCAGCGGCGGCCACGGGGGCGACGGGGGCACGGACCGGGAACAGCCGCCGGCCUCGGCCCCUGCAGACCAGAGGAACUCAGCGCUGAUUGCGCUCCAGGGUUCCUUGAAAAGAAAACAGGUAGUUAACCUGUCUCCUGCCAACAGCAAGAGGCCUAAUGGCUUUGUCGACAACUCAUUCCUUGAUAUGAAAAGAAUCCGCGUUGGGGAGAACCUCUCUGCAGGACAAGGGGGCCUCCAAGUAAACAAUGGACAAAGUCAGAUUAUGUCAGGGACCUUGCCCAUGAGCCAAGCACCCCUGAGAAAGACUAACACUCUUCCAUCCCAUACACAUUCUCCUGGAAAUGGUAUUUUUACCAUGGGCUUAAAGGAGGUGAAGAAGGAACCGGGAGAGACUCUGUCUUGUAGUAAGCACAUGGACGGCCAAAUUACCCAGGAGAGUAUUUUUUCCAGUAGGUAUGGGGAUGACCCUGGAGAGCAACUCAUGGAUCCAGAGCUGCAGGAGCUGUUCAAUGAACUGACCAACAUAUCUGUGCCUCCCAUGAGUGACCUUGAGCUGGAGAACAUGAUCAAUGCCACCAUAAAGCAGGAUGAUCCAUUUAACAUUGACUUGGGUCAGCAAAGCCAGAGGAGCACCCCCAGGCCCUCCGUGCCCAUGGAGAAGACGGUGAUCAAAAGUGAAUACUCACCUGGUCUGACCCAGGGCCCCUCGGGCUCUCCACAGUUAAGGCCCCCAUCAGCUGGCCCCGUAUUCUCCAUGGCCAGCUCUGCCCUGUCCACUUCAUCCCCAGUCCCUUCUGUCCCUCAGAGCCAGGCUCAGCCUCAGACAGCUUCAGGAGCAAGCCGGGCCCUGCCAAGCUGGCAGGAAGUUUCCCAUGCCCAACAGCUAAAACAGAUAGCCGCCAAUCGUCAGCAGCAUGCCCGGAUGCCGCAGCACCAGCCUGCCAACUGGUCAGCCUUGCCCUCUUCCACCGGGCCAUCCCCAGGUCCCUUUGUACAGGAGAAGAUCCCCAGCCCUUCUUUCAGUCAGCAGCCAUUCAGCCCACAGAGCUCUCCCAUGUCUGGGGUGGCAGGGGGCAGCAGCCAGUCAAAAGCAAUGGCUAACUACAUAUACAAGGCCAGCCCGUCAGCCCAGGCAGGGCAUCUGGAUGUGCUCAUGCAGCAAAAGCCUCAGGAUCUCAGUCGAAGUUUUAUUAACAACCCGCACACAGCCAUGGAGCCCCGUCAUGGCAACACCAAGCCUUUGUUCCAUUUUAACUCAGAUCAAGCAAACCAGCAGAUGCCUUCGGUUUUGCCUUCCCAGAACAAGCCUUCUCUCCUACACUACACCCAGCAGCAGAGCUCAGUGUCUGCACAGCCACCACCGCCGCAGCAGCCACAGCCGCCAGCCCAGCCGCUGGCCCAGUCCACCCAACCUCUACCAAGCCAGCCUUUGCUAAGGUCGCCCUUGCCACUUCAGCAGAAGAUCCUGCUCCAGAAAAUGCAGGGUCAGACCCUCACGGGACUGGGGUAUCAAGUCUCCCAGCAGCACAGACAGGAUCAGCACUCUGUGGUAGGCCAGAACACAGGCCCCAGUCCAAGUCCCAACUCCUGCUCAAAUCCAAACACUGGAAGUGGUUUCAUGAACUCUCAGCAAUCACUGUUGAAUCAGCAGUUGAUGGGAAAGAAACAGACUCUACAGAGGCAGAUCAUGGAGCAGAAACAGCAACUUCUCCUCCAGCAGCAGAUGCUGGUUGAUGUGGAGAAAAUUGCUCCACAAGAUCAAAUAAAUAGACAUUUGACAAGGCCACCCCCAGAUUAUAAAGACCAAAGAAGAAAUGUGGGUAAUAUGCAACCAACUGCUCAAUAUUCUGGUGGCUCCCCAGCAGUGAGUUUAAACUCUAACCAGGCUUUGACAAACCCAGUUUCAACACACACCAUUUUAACUCCAAAUUCCAACCUCAUGUCUGCUUCCCAUGGGACAAGAAUGCCAUUGUUAUCCACAGCAGUUCAGAACAUAGGGAUGUAUGGAAAUCUGCCGUGUAAUCAGCCUGGUACAUACAGCGUCACUUCAGGAAUGAGUCAAUUGACCCAACAAAGAAACCCAAAUCAAUUGAUAGCAAAUCAGAACAACCCUAUGAUGCCACGGCCUCCUCCUACCUUAGGGUCAAGUAAUAAUAACAAUAAUGCGGCAGCUUUCGGGGCCGGACCCGUUGGCAAUUCACAACUGAGACCAAAUUUAACUGCUAGUAUGGCGAGCGUGCCGGCCCAGAGAGCCGCGAACGUGAUGAUCACCCCCAGCGCGUCAGCAGCAGACUGGGGCUCCCAAGAAGCAACAGCCAAACAGCAGGAAGCCCCGAAGCCCGCGGGCACCCGCCUGCCCACAGGGGCACCCGCCGCCUUCGCCCCAAACCAGGCCCUGCAGCAGGCGGUGGGCAGCCCGCAGUUUCCCCAGAGGGCCGGGGCUCCCUCCAGCCAGUUAACACCAGCGGUGCACAUGAGGCCCAUGGGCCAAACGCUGAAUGGCCAAACCACGGGCCCGCUCCGGGGUCUGAAUCUCAGACCCAGUCCGCUGAGCACACAGGUUCUGCCUAAUUUGAACCAGUCCGGAACAGGGCUGAGCCAGUCGCGGACAGGCGUAAGCCAGCCCGCCCCGCUGGCCGCCGGCAGUUUCCCGUCACCCAGCCAAAGUUCCAGGGCUUUCCAAGGAGCUGACCACGGCAGUGACUUAGCCUUCGACUUCCUCCACCAACAGUCCGAUAGCAUGGGCCCGGCCCUCAACAGCGAUGCUGAUUUCAUUGAUUCUUUGCUGAAGACAGAGCCUGGCAAUGAUGACUGGAUGAAAGACAUCAAUCUUGAUGAAAUCUUGGGGAACAACUCCUAAAGGAGGAAAGGGAGACGAUUCUCAAACUCCCAGCACUGAGGCGAUAUUUCUGUUGACUUUUAGUGGGACUAUGUUAAGACACCGUGGCUUAAAAAUGGAAAGCAGAAAGUAACGGUAGGGGUGACCAUUUCGGGCCAAGUGCUUGUUUUAAAUCUCAAACCUGAAAGGGAAACACUGGGAUCACUUUUCCCCACCUAAACUCCAGGAUGCAGUAUCCAGUUUGUCUGAACAGAACUGUGAUGUUGAUGUGUAAUUAGCUGUAUAAAAUAGUCUUCCUAAGCUCCUUUUCUCCCUGAAAGAAAAGUAAUAGGACAUGUGGCUUGUCAAACCCCAUUUUGCGCAGAGGUACUAGUUCCAAGAAAGAAGCAACAAAUUCCUUAAUUUGCUUUAACAGAUCUAAGUGUGGUUUAAUCUUUCCACUCUGUCAUUUCAUUUAGUUUUUCUAGAAUUUCUAGGGUAGAUUAAAAUGAUAUAGGUUUGUUUGGAGUAACCAGUGUCCUAAGAAAGCCAGAGCACUUAGAGAGCACUCGGUGGGAUCAUAGAAUUUCUUCCCCAGAUUUCCCCUUUGCAUUUUCAGUUUUCCCACAUAUUCUUCAGCAAGAUGCUGUGUCUAGUGAUGAAACAAGAAUGCAGAACUGUCCAACUUUCUUUGGGCUUCCACAACCAGUUUCUGAAUCUGUUUCCAAGUCUUAAAGUAAUUACAACCUGUCCUAAUCAUACUGAAGUAAUAGGGCACACCUGACCACAUCAGAGUUCACUGUGUAAAAAGGUGAUGAGAGGCCUCCUGUCAUGAUGCCUGCUGGUUAGUUUCUGAGCUGAGUGCAGCUGAACUUGGUCCUCCCUGCUUGUCUUGAUGACCAGUAGCUAAUUUGUAAGAAAAGGAAGUUUGGAAACCAAAACUGAGAUUAGGAGGUAUCAUGUUUUGGUUGGAGAUAAGAAACAAAAGAUCAGAACCAGGGAUGGCAGGUACAGGUGGGUGCAGAUCUAGUUCACAGGGUUUGAAGAAAAGCAUAAGCAAGAGAGAAAAUACUCUGUCCUGAUUUGGACAGAUUAUUUGGGUAAACAGUUCAAUGGACUGUGAUCUGUUAGUAGCAGUCUAUUCAUUCUUCUGUUCCUGAUGUGAUGAAUCAUUGCCACAUGCUAGAUGGAUGCUUCAUAUCCAGGUUUCCUCCCUCAGGGCUGAGCACUGUGUCAUAGAAAGAGUAUUCGUUGAGUCAUGUAACCCCAGUGCCCCAAUACAGAUCCGUUGCAAAAUGGGGAAGAUGUGUGCCGAUUUGGGAUGGAUGCAAAUAUCACUAGCAUUUUCCUAAUUAAAGGUGAGAAUUAUACCUGAAAGCAGUUUAUCUUCAGUCUUUUUACUUAUACUCACAUAUUCAAUUAUCAAAUAUAAUUUAACUGAAGGUAAUAACUAAGUCUUUAAGUACCUGUUCUAAAAAGAACACAUUUUGGAAGUUCUUUUAAGUCCUCUCCCAAUCUUUAAAAUGUCUAGAAGCACUCUCUUUCUUUUACAUAAUACCAAUAUACUGGCCCAGAAUCUUUUCUGUGCUGGGUUGUAAAUAUUAAUAAAUUACGUGUUUUGUAAACUUUUGUAAAGAAUAUUUUGGUAGAAAUACUUAAAACAUAUUCUUUGGGUUAUAUUUAUACAUAUGUGAAAUAAAUAUACUAUCAAAAGGUUAUAUUUUAUACAAAAAGUAAAUUGUUACCUUUUGUAUGCUAAUAUACAAAGUUUUAUAUAAUAUGAUGGUUUAUUUUUAGCUCUACACUUAAACCAUAGGUGGUCAAGUGGAACUUUUGAAAACUAUCAAGAGGCUUGUUAGACAAAUUUAUAUUCUGAAACCUCAAUAAGAAAGCAUUCCAGGUUUCAAUCUUUUCCUUUUUUUUUUCUGCCCCUACAUUCUUUUUUAAACUCAUAGUUCUUGUGUCCUGUUUGAUUAUUCUGCUGUGCACAUUGUAUCGGUCCUUGUUGCAUGUGGUCUACUGUGUGGUUUCCCAUUUUAUAAAAGUGUUUCUCCAUGCAAAAACAGUAAGGAAAAAGUUAUGUACAUAUAAACACUUUUAUUUUAUGACUCCUCCAUGUUACUGUAUAUAUCUGCCAGCACUUCCCAGUUACACUCCUGUGAGUCAGCUUAUUUUUACCCUAACAUAAAUAGUAUGUUUUGUAGUAGCUAUCAAAUUUAAGAGAUAAAACAAUCAGAAUGUUUGGAUUUUCUUCUAUCGCAAUGUGAAUUUCAUAAUUAAUGUCUAUUUAUUCAGCUAUUCAUUAAAAUACAGGAUUCUUUGGGAAAAAAAUGGUGUAGUCUAUAGUUUCUGUUUGUUGGCAGCCUGUUACCAAAGAUGACAUAAUUUUCCUGAAAGCUGAGAUAAUGACAAUUGGAUAGACCUAGGUAGCCAAAAUUUUAGGAUUUAUGAUUUAAAAGCAAUCUCCCAUUUAUAGACUACUUAGUUGUUGGCAUUGUUUAUCAUUCUGACAUAUUUAUACAAGAGGUAGAAGUAAUUUUUCUUUUCUUUUUUUUAAUUUGAAGACUAGAAAGCCAUUAAAGCAAAUAAUUCACUCUUGGCUUUGUGUUAAGCCCAAUAAAGAUAAAUAACUGCUCUAGGUGAAUGCACUAAUAUUACUUGCAUUACUGUAACUGUACCAAUAACUGUAAAAUUUUCAACCUGUAAAACGAGUAUUUUGUAUUGUGUGUAAUUUCAUGUGUUAAAAAAUAGUUUUUAAAAAUUCAUAAGUGGUUCUCUUGUAUGAAAUCAUACUUUCAGCUACCAGCAGUGUUGUUGCUCCAUCACAGAAAGUUCUGAGAACUAUCAAUAGUGAUGGGCAAAUUUAUUCUCUGGGAAGCUUCUAAUACUGGUGAAAUGCAGACUUGUCUCAUUUCUUUGGUUCACUUACAAUACACUUAGUAUGAAGAUUUUAUAUGCACAACACCUACUAAAUACGGGAGAAACUGCCUACUUUUCAGGCACAGUGGGGCUCUGCCUGGCCUGCUAUGUGGCAUUUGUUUGGACCAGGCUGAGUGGACACAGCACCAGGAGAACAAGCCUCACUGAACAUAUUUACACAGUCCUUCUUCAGAGUCAAGGAGGUUGAGAGAAAUGUGGGCCUUUGUAGGAGGUGUGGGAAUUCAUUCCAACCAAAUUUUCUGCUGCACUGUUGAAAUAAGGUGCUAGGUUUCCAUUGUCUCUUUUAUCUCUGCCAAAAAGAUACGUGGCAUCAUCCUUUUUAUUAGCAUUAUUAAUGGAGCAAUAAUAAAACUGACAUUUUAUAUAGCUGUUGUCCAAUGGCUCUGGAAAGUUGGAUAGUAAACAAAUAAUAUCAAUAAAGAUAAAUCAAAUAUACACAAAUUAAGAGAAAAAAAUGUGUACUUCUAAAAUUAUGUCUGGAUCCCAGCAUGAACCCAUGGGAGCAGACCUGAGAGAAAAACACAGAAAGAGAAAGAAAGCUCAGCUUCUUCCAAUUCUGUGGUGCCAAAGGCAGUUCAAACUCUUAAAUGUUCUAUUAUUUCCAUUUUCUAUUUCUCUGUGUUUUCUCACCCCAAAAUGAGGGUUUGGGGUUGAACUAGCUCCACACUCCUUUCUAACUCUAAAACUCUGUGAUUAAUUUUUUUCCCAAAGCUAAGUGGAAAAAUCAAUCAAAAAGGACUCCAUAGUAUCAUUUUAAAAUAAAGAAAUCACCGUUCACUCAACCUUUUGAAAAUUUUCAGAUUAUCAGUGAACUUUACUGAACAAAGCAGUCAUCUCCUUUAAAAUUAAAUCAUAUAAAAAUGAAAUUUCAUCAUAGGGCAGAACUAUAUUGUAGCCAAACCGAAAGGUUGUGUGGAUAAUGUAGGUGCCUAAUGACUAAAUGCAAAUCAAGUUCUGAAGCCAAAAGUUGGAAUGUGAUAAUAAAUGCUCAUUGUCCUGUGAGAUCAUAGAAUAACAUAAAAUAUUUGCCUACUAAGGAGGAGAAAACCAAUACUUCAGUGUAUUUAUUCCAUUGGGUGUAUAUAUACAUAUGUGUAUAUAUACACACAUAUAUAAAAUAGGUAAUAUAAGACCUAUAAAAUGUGUGAUAUAUGAUAAACAA